UCGACUUACCGCAACGACGGCGGUGAUUAGCGUCUGUCUGCUCAUUCAUCUGACUUCUUUGCUCGUGUUGCGCACUCGUCUAUCGCCCCUCGGUUCUGUGUUCUUUCUCAGCUAUUCGACUCCCUUCUUCUAGGUUGUUGUUGUUCUUCUUCUUCUUCGUCGUCGUCGUCGUUGAGUUCAUCGUCGUCCUUCGUGCGUGGAGUUGUUGACGCCCACCUGAGGAUGAUCGGCGCGCAGUGGAUCGAAAUGCGCGUCGGGGAACGUGCACUUAACUGAGACUACUACCGUCUUCACGCGAAGAGAACGUACCGUCUUUUUCGUUGCAUCUGGACCGAACUUUGGGCCGAAUACACGGACACAAUGGCAGUACGUUUUAUUCGGGGGAGGAGGGUAGAAGGCGCGGCAUUGUAUUACUUGCUGUAUUAAUCUUGUGAAGCGUGUGUGGAAUGCAGUUGGCCCCUGUUUUCACUAUUCUUCUUCUUCUUCUUCUUUUGCAUCGUUGUCCUCCGUGGAGUCGUCGACGCCAUCGCCGUUCUUUGAAAGGUGUUUCAAUGACUAGCGCUUUCAAAGUCCUCUCUCCUUCUUCUCGUUGUUCCCUUCCUCCUCCGUCUUCUUCUUCUUCUUCUUCUUCUUCUUCUUCUUCUUCUGCUGCUGCUUCUUCUUCUGCUCCUGCUUCUGCUUCUACAUCUGUUUUUAUUUCCACGUCGUCAAUUUCCGAGUUGUCGUUGUCGUCAUCAUGGGGCAUUCGAUGGGGGUAUCGGCAGAAGAGGAUGGCUGCGAAGGUGACAAUUUUACACGUGUCAGCUCGUCGUCCCGUUUUCCUUCUGAGCCUGAGGUUGGCGUUGCUGCUUUUUUUGUCGGAUGUUAUCCGAUCCGCUGCUGCUGCCACGUGGCCGUACCGUGAAGCAUUGUCCAAAUCUCUUCUCUUCUUCGAGGCUCAGCGAUCGGGACGUUUGCCGCCCUCGAACAGAAUCCCUUGGCGCGGCGACUCUGCGCUGAACGAUGGCAAAGAUGUGGGCAUCGACCUCACCGGUGGGUAUUAUGACGCGGGAAACAACGUGAAAUUUACCUUCCCUUUGUCGUUUGCGAUGACCAUGCUCUCCUGGGGGGUCGUCGAAUACCGACAACAGUUUCAGCAAGCUGGGGAGCUGCAAAAUGCCCUCGACGCCAUCAAGUGGGGUACCGACUACCUGAUCAAAGCGCAUCCGGAACAUGGCGUUUUCUACGCAAGUGUAGGAGAUGGUAACACUGAUCAUGCAUGUUGGGUAAGGCCAGAAGACAUGACGACCCCUCGGCCAUCGCGCAAAGUGGACAUGUCACAUCCGGGGUCUGAUGUGGCAGCUGAAGGAGCAGCUGCUUUGGCCUCAGCAUCCAUUGCUUUCCGCCGUGUCAAUCCAGGAUAUGCUGAUGUGCUAGUUCAGCAUGCAAGGCAAUUGUUCACCUUUGCUGACUCUUACAGGGGUUCCUAUAGCGACAGCAUCCCUAGUGUAAAGCCAUUCUACAAAUCCUGGAGCGGAUACGAAGAUGAGCUCCUGUGGGCGGCAGCUUGGCUUUACCGUGCAACCAAGGAGAGGUCAUUUGCCGACUACUUCCUUGGGCCUAAUGCAGCAAAGUUUCAAGGAACAACCACCAACAACAACAGGCAACAGUUCAGCUGGGACGAUAAGCUUGUGGGAGUGCAGGUGAUGGCUGCAGGUCUUUGGUUAAGUGAAGAGGCAGAGAAAAAUGAUGAUCAGAAUCUCCUUGCACACUACAAGGCCAGAGCAGAUGAUUUCUUGUGUGCUCACCUUGGUGGCAAAAUUACAAAGACACCAGGAGGCUUGAUUUGGUUAGGCGAUUUUGUUCCUCUUCAGUAUGCAGCUGCUGUUUCAUUUGUAUUUGUCGUGUAUGCGGAUUAUCUAGCGUGUGCGGAACCUCCCAAGAAUGUGCUUUUUUGCCAGGGAGGCAAAAUGUACACACCUGCAGACCUGCUUGCCUACGCAAAGAGACAGGCUGACUACAUACUGGGAGACAACCCAAGGAGGAGCAGUUAUGUUGUUGGAGUGGGGCGGAAUCCUCCUCAACGAGUGCAUCAUCGAGGAGCAUCAAUCCCAUCUUUCAAGACAGAUCCCGAAAACUACACAUGUGGAAAGGGCUUUGAAUUCUAUAGAAGCCGUCAACCGAAUCCAAACACCCUGUUUGGAGCUGUGGUGGGGGGCCCUGCCCAAGAUGAUUCGUUCACGGAUGAUCGACAAAACUUCAGGCAAACAGAGCCGUCCGUCUACACCAAUGCCCCGUGGGCUGGGCUGAUGGCGCGGUUGGCAAGCAUCAACAAUGCCAGCGGUGACAAAGUAACGAUGUCAGGACCAAAACCAGGAGGGUCCCUUGCGGAUGACCUUUCCUUGCACCAAAAGUCCAUCACUGAUCCACUUCCUGGACAACAAGUAUUGCCCUCACCAGCGGUGAUGGCGUCAACAACAACUGCUCAGCUGAUAUUCUCUCCUCCUUCGAGUGCACUCUCGUCCUCCUCCUCUCUAUCCGUCAUGUCAGCAUCACAGCCGUACCAGAGCUCUACGAGUAACAUACCAGCUGGGCAAGGGCAAGUUCGUCCAGCUCUUAUCGAUCAAGUGAUGACAAGUUCAAGCCCCCCUCCCCCUCCCUCUUUCCAGCCUGGUAUCUCACCAGUUAUACGGGCUCAAAUUCUAACUCAAAGCCAACCAGUGAAUCAGUCCAGCAGAGGAAAUGCAGAUUGUGGUCCCCAGGAAGAUAGAUCCAUUCUUCCACCAGGUGCCGUGGUCAUCACGCCAGGGUCUUCUCUACCUUCUGAUCGUUCUUCUGUAGCCAAUCAACCCAGCCCCACCACCACUUCCAGACCUGGUGCUCAAUCUGGGGCCAGUCCUCCUCCAGCAAUAUACUACUCUCCAAGUUCCCCUGUGUUGCUUCCUUCUCCCCCAGCUCCCACUACUGUCGUGAUUACAACUCAAGGGACCGCAGGCAAUCAGAAUACCCAGAGUUCCCAAGUGUGGACUCAAGGGGGCACUCAAGCAGAGGCUCAAGGCAUUCAGGGCGGGUCUCAAGGGGGCAUGCAAGCAGGGGCUCAAGGUGGGACUCAAGGUGGGACUCAAGGGGGAACUGAAGGGGGUACUCAACGUGGUAUUCGAGGUGGGACUCAAGGUGGGACUCAAGGGGGAACUCAAGCAGAUUCUCAAGGUACUGAAGGGGGGCCUCAAGACAGAACUCAAGAGGUGGCUCAAGGGGGAACUCAAGCAGAGUCUCAAGGCACUGAAAGGGGGCCUCAAGACAGAACUCAAGAGGCGGCUCAAGGGGGAACUCAAGGGGCAACUCAAGUGACAGCUCAAGGGGCAACUCAAGUGACAGCUCAAGGGGCAACUCAAGUGACAGCUCAAGGGGCAACUCAAGUGACANAACUCAAGUGACAGCUCAAGGGGCAACUCAAGUGACAGCUCAAGGGGCAACUCAAGUGACAGCUCAAGGGGCAACUCAAGUGACAGCUCA